AUGCCUGAAUCUAAAGAAUCUAAUGCAUCUAUUGAAUCUCGUAUCCAAUUGACUCUCCUUGAAUUGGAAAGGCGCCCAUCACUCUCUGAAAGACCACCUAACGGUCGCAAAUUGGAUGAAUCGCAAGAAUCUGCCCUUUGCAGAUACAUCGAUUUCCUCGAUUCUAUCUCUUUUCCACCUAAGCGACCGGUUAUCGCGGCUGCUGCCAAUUCAAUUCUAGCUAGUAGCCAUAUUGGUCCAACCAAACCACCUACCAUCGGCGACCAUUGGCUAAGACGCUUCCUCCAACGCCAUCCUGAGUAUCUCUCUCGCCGCCAGCGGGCAAUGGAUAUAGAGAGAAAGAAUUGCCUAGAUAGGCAGGUUGCAAGAGAGUGGUUCAAUUCCUACCAGGAGACUAUCGCCCAGUACGGUAUUACUGCAGACGAUAUAUGGAACUUUGAUGAGACCGGUUUCAAUAUCGGUGUAGGCAAAGACCAGUGGGUUAUUACCCGCGAACCAAAGCGCCAAAUCUCUGGCGGCUUUAGUACUAAUCGCGAGUAUGCAACUGCAAUUGAAGCGGUUUCAGCUACUGGUUCUACUAUCGCACCGGUAGUAAUCCUAAGCGCUAAGGUCCUUCUACUACGGUGGUUUGAGAUAGUAGGCGAUGAGAGGAUCGCUGUCACCGAAACUGGCUAUCUUAAUAACGUCCUUGCCCUGCAGUGGAUACAGCUAUUCAAUAAGCUUACCAAGGAUUCGGUUAAGGGGACAUAUCGUCUAUUAGUAUGUGACCAAUUCGGCUCUCAUCUCACAUACGAAUUCGUCAAGUACUGCGAGGACAAUCGAAUUAUCCUCUUCUUUCUUCCACCUCACUCGAGCCAUAUCCUUCAACCACUAGACGUUGAUGUAUUUAGUGCUUAUAAGCACUGGCAUAGCGAAUGGGUGUACCAUGCAACCGUUAGUGGAUAUGAGAGGAUUACGAAGGAUGACUUAGUGCAAUCGCGCAGAUUCGACAAAAGACCUUCAAACCUUCUACAAUUAAGCUUGGCUUUCGAUUGA